AUGGGGAAGAUCUGCAUCCUGGGCAUCGUCCUGAGCCUCCUGGCCCCAGCUCUCACCACCAAGUCUCCUGACUGCGGCGGGAUACUCAGCCCAUCGGGACUGAGUUACUUUGCUGAAGUUUCAAAACAGCAUGUGGAGACAAUCCUAGUGCAGGACCUAACAGGCCGGAGCGUCUCAGAUCUGCUUCUUGGCUCCCCAAAACCCACCAGGAACCAAAUUGACUCCGUCAAAGUUGUUGACCUCUCUUUGUUGCUCAUCCCUGAGGCUGGGCUGCGGCUGAGCAUCGAUGCAGACCUCGGCAUCGCAGUCUCCCCCUCGACUUCCAAGGUGGUGAGACUGUCCAUCCUAGCAGACCUCCACGUGGAAAGGAAUCCUGAAGGGAACCUGGAGCUGACAGUUUCUGCCUGCAAGCCCACCGUGGAAGAAGUGCAGAGCACCGAGGAGACAGAAAGCGAGUCUCUUAGUUCGGAGGCGGACAAGGAGAUUGAUGUCGAUAAGAUUUGCUUGGAAGUCUCCAAAUUGCUCGUUUUGCCAAAUGAAUUACUAGCGUCUCUGACAGCUCAGCUCCCCGUCACCGCGAGCUGCCAGCUCCAGUACCUGCCCCUGGCCGCACCCGUGAUCUCCGAGCAGGGAAUCACCGUGUCUCUACAAACGGUGUUCCUCGCGGCGGGGACGGCGCUGCCCCUCCCGGUCAGCCCCGCGCCCUUCUCCAUGCCCGAGGCGGCGAGCGCCAGCGCGUCCCACCUCACCCUGGCCUUGUCCGAGCACUACUACACCAGCCUCUUCCUCGCCCUGGCAAAGGACGGAGCCUUCAACGUGACCGCGUCGAGCCCGCUGACCACCGCCGCCGUGGCGCAGAAGAUUUCCCAGAUCGGCUCCCUGUUCCGAGAGGACCUGCCCGUGAGGCUGAAAGCCACGUUCAGGAGCUCGCCGCGCGUGCUGCUGGAGGAAGGCAAGGCCGCCCUGAAGCUCUUCCUCACUGUCCACGUCGGGGUGGGCUCGCCGGCCUCCCAGAACGUCCUGAGCGUGAGCGUGGAUAUGUCUGCAGGACUCCUCCUCAGCGUCACCGACGUAAAGAUGAUGAUCUCUGCGGCAGCGAUAGAGGACGUUGAGCUCAGCCUGGCUGCCUCUGACGUGGGUCCCGUGCCGGAUGCAUUACUAAAGGAAUUAUUUUUGUCUACAAUUCGUGAGGAGAUACUGGCUCAGAUGAAUGCGGUCCUGAGUGAAGGAAUAUACCUGCCACACGUGCCCAACUUUAUCUAUACUGACGUCAACGUCGUCAUUCACAAGGACUAUGUUUUGAUCCCCUGUAACCUCAAGCUGCAGCCUAAAACUGGAGGGCAGAUCAUCACGGGCUGAAGCAUGCUGUCCAAUUUGUUGUGCCUGGAGAAAAACAGUGGCAAAAUUGUUCUACAGACUCUUAAACCAAGCUUUCUUACUACAUGCAAUGCUAAAAAUCCUUUUCUCUUUCUUUACGAAAACAAUGCUUUCUUGUAUUUAGGAUAAUAAUGGCAUUGCACUAGUGACUUUCUCUUCCAGUCCUGCUGUUGGAAUUUUUGUUGCACAGACAAGAUGGGUUGUAACCACGUUCCAUACUUUCAUUAAAUAAUUCUCUUUAAUACUGCCUUUA